AUGGCGGCCCCGGCCCCACGUGACCCCCGCUCCCUUCCUUCCUCCUCCUCCUCCUCCCUCCUCCUGGAGCCGCACCUGAGGGCGAAGGUCCCGGACACGCCCCCCCCAGUGGCCUCCAUGGCAGAGGGGACCCCUGCGGCGAGGGCGCCCCCUGGCGGCGGGGGGGUGUCCCUGCGGAAGGAGCUGGGGCUGCUGAGCGCCUGCAGCAUCAUCGUGGGUAACAUCAUCGGCUCGGGGAUCUUCAUCUCCCCCCGGGGGGUGCUGGCGCACGCGGGCUCCGUGGGGCUGGCGCUGGCGCUGUGGGGCGCGGCCGGGGCGCUCACGGCCCUGGGGGCCCUGUGCUACGCGGAGCUGGGGCUGCGCAUCCCCCGCGCGGGGGGCGACUACGCCUACGUCAAGGACGUCUUCGGGGGGCUCGUGGGGUUCCUGCGCCUCUGGGUCUCGGUCCUGGUGAUCCUCCCCACCUCGCAGGCCGUCAUCGCCCUCACCUUCGCCGCCUCCCUCCUCACCCCAUUGGCGCCGUGGGGCUGCCCCAUGGCCGAGCCGGCCCUGCGGCUGCUGGCGGCUGCUGCGCUGCUGCUGCUGACGUGGGUCGGGUGCCGCAGCUCCCGCUGGGCCACGCGGGUCCAGGACGUCUGCACGGCCGGGAAGCUGGCGGCGCUCGGCAUCGUCAUCGCUGCCGGCAUCUACCGCCUCUGCACUGGCCGCCCGGGCUGGCUGCACCCAUCACAGGCGCUGCAGCCGGUGCUGGUACCCGGUGCUGAUGGUGCCGGUGCCGGUACCGGUGUCAGUGAUGGUGUCAGUACUGGUGAUGCUGGUACCGCGGUGCCCUGGCAGUGGUGGCCGGGGCUGGGCCCGGUGGCGGUGGCGCUGCUCCAGGGCUCCUUCGCCUACGGGGGGUGGAACUUCCUCAACUACGGAACCCAGGAGCUGCGGGAGCCACAGCGGAACCUGCCCCGCGCCAUCUUCAUCUCCAUCCCAUUGGUCACCUUCGUCUACGUGGCCGCCAACGCCGCCUACGUCACCGCCAUGGACCCCCAGGAGAUCCUCCAAUCAGAGGCCGUCGCCGUCACCUUUGGCGAGCGGGCCCUGGGCCCCCUGGCUUGGACCAUGCCCGUGGGGGUCGCCCUCUCCACCUUUGGGGGGAUCAAUGGCUGCCUCUUCACCUGCUCCAGGCUGUUCUACGCGGGGGCGUGCGAGGGGCAGCUCCCGGCGCUGCUGGGGAUGAUCCACGUGGAGAGGAGCACCCCCGUGCCCGCCCUGCUGCUGAGCUGCGCCUCCACGCUGCUGAUGCUGGUGGGGGGGGACACGGAGGCGCUGCUGAGCUACGUGGGCUUCACCAACCUGCUCUGGUAG